AAUUAUCAGAAUACGUUCGAAGGUUCACAUUUUGUUUAUGAACCGUAUCUCUUGUGUAAGACAUCAUUUAUCGUAGAGGAAAAUUUAAACAAAUCUUAGUGGUGCUGUGUUUUACUUUAAGUGUAAAGAUCAAAUCCAACGGUCCGGUUAGUACUAAUCAUGAAUUUCGUGUGCGUUAAAGAUUUCGAAAACCAUGCCUACAAUGUCUUACCAAAAAACGCAUUGGAUUAUUACAAAUCCGGAGCGGGAUUGGAGACGACUUUGAACAACAACGAGAAAGCAUUUUCAAGGUUGCGCAUAAGACCGAGAUGUUUGAGAAAUGUAUCCAAAAGGGAUCUUUCGACGACCAUACUUGGUUCUAAGAUAUCUAUGCCUCUGGGUAUUGCCCCAACAGCUAUGCAAAAAAUGGCACAUCCAGAAGGCGAAAUGGCAAAUGCCAGAGCUGCUGAAUAUUAUGAAACAAUAUUCAUACAAAGCACAAUUUCUACCAGCAGCAUCGAAGAAGUCGCAGAAGCAGCACCGAAUGCAAUUAAAUGGUUUCAACUUUACAUUUAUAACGAUAGAGAAGUGACACUGGGACUAAUCAAAAGGGCAGAGAAAGCUGGUUUUAAAGCGAUUGUUCUAACGGUUGAUACUCCUUUCUUUGGAAUUCGAUUCGCUGAUAUGAAAAACCAAUUUACUUUACCGCCUCAUCUUAGGUUGGCUAAUUUUGGUGGAGAAAAGGCAACGAAAAUUAAUUCCACGAAAGACGGUGUAUCUGGAUUAAACAAUUAUGUAAAUAACUUAUUUGAUGCCUCUUUGACGUGGAAAGAUGUAGCUUGGCUUAAGAGUGUAACUUCUUUGCCAAUUGUAUUGAAAGGUAUUUUAACAGCGGAAGAUGCUACCAUAGCUGCUGAUAUGGGAAUAGCAGGGAUUUUAGUAUCAAAUCAUGGGGCUAGACAAGUUGAUGGAACCCCAGCUUCGAUAGAAGCUUUACCUGAAAUUGCGUACGCUGUUGGUAAUAGAGUGGAGAUAUAUUUAGAUGGAGGUGUACGAGAUGGUACCGAUGUUUUUAAAGCUCUAGCAUUGGGUGCAAGAAUGGUAUUUAUGGGUAGACCGGCUCUUUGGGGAUUAGCUCAUAGCGGUGAAGAAGGAGUAAAAAAAGUGCUAAAUCUUAUUAAGACACAACUUGAUUCAACUUUAGCAAUAUCUGGUUGCUCCUCCAUUGGCGAUAUUAAGAAGGAACAUGUUGUAUGGGAUAAUUACUAUUGUAAACUAUAGAGUACAUUUGUAAUUUCAUUAUAACGAUUAAUAUUAGAAAAAUAAACACAUUAAA